UGGCUCGCGCUCACUCCGUGCGAAACAAAGUGUAGUGUCCGCGAGCGCCUGUAGGAAGCGAAAACCGGGGAAAGGUGAGAAUGGGGCGAAUGAAUACUGACCGAGAGCAGGAUUAACAACCCCCAAAAAUCCAGAUUCCGUGGAGAGGAAGCGGCGGAAAAGUCGAUCAAAGAAAACUUCACGGGUUGAACAGAACUCGCGGGACCAUGGAUUCACUUUGCUCGCUUUUCCUGGGACUUCUGUUUCUCUUCUCGUCGGCUGGGCAUGUCUCCGGGCAGUUACCGACAGCUCACUUGGGCCGAGCCGAAAAGGGAAGCUGUACCUUUGACGAAGGCUUCUCUCAGUGCGAUUACCAACAAGAUUCUUACGAUGACUUUGACUGGACGCACAUCAACACACAGGAAGUGCCAUAUAUCUCACCAGACCUGCCGAAAGGUUCCUACAUGUACGUGGAUGUCUCUCAGCAUGACGUCGGGGAGAAGGCUAGGUUCCAGCUGCCAGUCAUGAAGGAGAAUGACACUCACUGCAUCGACUUCAACUACCUCCUCACCAGCACUGACGGCUCCAGCCCCGGCACCCUCAACGUUCUGGUGAAGGUGAACAAGGGUCCAUUGGCAAAUCCCAUUUGGAAUGUGACCACAUAUACUGGUAAAGACUGGCUCAAAGCUGAACUGGCUGUGUCCACCUUCUGGCCUAAUGAAUACCAGGUCAUAUUUGAAGCAGAGGUCUCGGACAGCAAAACGGGCUUCAUUGCCAUUGAUGACAUUCAAGUCCUGAGCUACCCGUGUGAUAAAUCCCCUCAUUUCUUGCGCCUUGGAGACGUGGAGGUGAAUGCUGGACAGAACGCCACAUUUCAGUGCAUCGCCACCGGGCGAGACACUUCAAGCAACAAACUCUGGCUUCAGAGGAGAAACGGAGAAGACAUCCCAGUGGCUCAGACCAAAACCAUCAACCACAGACGGUUCGCUGCCAGCUUCCACCUGAAGGAAGUCACCGGUCAGGACCAGGAUCUGUAUCGUUGUGUUACCCAGUCGGAGCGCGGAUCCGGGGUGUCAAACUUUGCAGGUCUUAUCGUCAGAGAACCUCCACACCCCAUCGCUCCACCCCAGCUGCUGGGCGUCGGCCCGACGUACCUGCUGAUCCAGCUCAAUGCUAACUCAAUAUUUGGAGAUGGACCAAUUAUACUUAAAGAGGUUGAGUACCGGAUGACAUCAGGCAGCUGGACGGAGACCCACGCUGUGAAUUCUCCCAACUAUAAGCUGUGGCACCUGGACCCAGACACAGAGUAUGAAAUCAGGGUGUUACUGACAAGACCGGGAGAGGGGGGGACCGGAAAGCCCGGACCGCCGCUUAUCACUCGAACCAAAUGUGCAGAACCCAUGCGGACCCCUAAGAGGCUUAAGAUCGCCGAGACCCGUUCUCGUUUGAUCGCUGUAGACUGGGAGUCCUUGGGUUACAACAUCACUCGCUGUCACACGUUUAACGUCACCAUCUGUUACCACUACAUGACUGCCAACAACCGCAGCAAAGCCGACUGCUUGGACAUGGAUCCUAAAGCACCACGUCACCUAGUGGGAAACCUACCACCCUACACUAACGUUAGUCUGAAAAUGAUCCUGACCAACCCUGAAGGACGCAAAGAGAGCGAUGAGACCGUUAUACAAACGGAUGAAGACGUUCCAGGUCCCGUUCCCGCUCAGUCGCUGAAAGCCACUCCAUCAGAAGAGACAAUAAACCUUCACUGGAAGGAGCCAGUGGAGCCCAAUGGUGUCAUCAUUCAAUAUGAGAUCAGUUACAGUGCCAUUCGCUCCUUUGACCCGUCGGUGCCCCUGCAGAGGCCGGGGUUGACUGUGUCUCUUCCUUCAAACAUCACCCACCACACCUUUUCUCAACUCCACCCAGGGGUCAUGUACCUGUUCUCCAUUCGAGCAUCGACCUCCAAAGGAUUUGGUCCAGCUGCUACACUUAAUGUGACUACCAAUAUUUCAGCUCCAACCAUAGAUGAAUAUGACAUGACUGAAGCCUUUCUCAAUGAAACUGCAACAACCAUCACUGUCCUGCUCAAGCCUGCUCAAGCUAAAGGAGCACCUAUCAGUGCCUACCAGAUUGUAGUGGAAGAAAUAAAUCAUCAGCGGGAACGUCGCCAUGCCUCCUCUGACUGUUAUAAGGUUCCAGUCUCUUACCACAGCGCAUCCAGCAGCGGAUCACCAUAUUAUUAUGCUGCACAGCUGUCCCCAAGCAACCUGCCCGAACCCAUCCCCUUCACCGUGGGAGACAACAGAACGUAUCAGGGUUUUUGGAAUCCCCCGCUGGCUCCAAGGAAAAACUACAACAUCUACCUUCAAGCUGUUAGCAGCACAGAGAGGGAAACUAAAACACAGUGUCUGAGAUUGGCGGCAAAAUAUGCUUCAGAGGAGCCUGAGGUCAUCCCUGACCCGAGCAAACAGACCGACCGCGUGGUGAAAAUCGCCGGAAUCAGUGCUGGUGUCCUUGUUUUUAUUCUUCUGGUGCUGGUGGCCAUCCUGUUGGUGAAGAAGAGGAGGAGCUACUAUUCAUACUCUUAUUACCUAAAACUGGCUAAAAAACGUAAGGAUGUCAUUGGAACCACGCGGCAGGAAAUGACGCACAUGGUGAACGCCAUGGACCGCAGUUACGCCGACCAGAGCACUUUGCAUGGAGAGGACCCCAUGGCUGUAACGUUCAUGGAUUCCCACAACUACGGCAACAGAUUGCCCAAUGAUCCUCUGGUUCCCACUGCUGUGUUAGUACCGAUCACAGAUGAGAACCACAGUGGCUCGGCAGCAGAGAACAGCAGGCUUCUGGACGUUCCUCGCUAUCACUGCGAGGGAACAGAGUCCCCGUAUCAGACUGGACAGCUGCACCCCGCCAUCCGAGUGGCUGACCUCCUGCAGCACAUAAACCUCAUGAAAACGUCCGACAGCUACGGCUUUAAGGAGGAAUAUGAACUGGUGAUGCAGAGCUUCUUCGAGGGCCAGUCAGCCUCCUGGGAUGUGGCGAAGAAAGAGCAGAACCGAACCAAAAACCGCUACGGAAACAUAAUAGCAUAUGAUCAUUCAAGGGUUAUUCUGCAGCCCACAGAAGACGACCCUUCCUCCGACUACAUCAAUGCUAACUACAUCGAUGUAAGUGGAAACGCAUCGAAUGCUACUAUUGGCUCCCAACGAAACCAACGAAACCACACUCCCUCGCUCAUUUGGCUGUACAGGGAUGGUUACCAGAGACCAAGUCACUAUAUUGCCACUCAGGGUCCUGUUCACGAGACCGUCUAUGACUUCUGGAGGAUGGUUUGGCAGGAACAGUCAGCUUGCAUCGUCAUGGUUACCAAUCUGGUAGAAGUCGGAAGGGUUAAGUGUUACAAGUAUUGGCCUGAUGAUGCUGAGCUGUAUGGAGACUUUAAGGUGACUUUUGUGGAGGUUGAACCUCUGGCUGAAUACGUGGUUCGUACAUUUACUCUUGAGCGGCGUGGCUUCAAUGAGGUUCGGGAGGUCAAACAGUUCCACUUCACUGGCUGGCCUGAUCACGGAGUUCCAUAUCAUGCCACCGGACUACUUUCCUUCAUCCGCAGAGUAAAAAUGUCCAACCCACCCACUGCUGGACCGAUUGUGGUCCACUGCAGUGCUGGGGCAGGUCGCACAGGCUGCUUCAUCGUCAUCGACAUCAUGCUGGACAUGGCAGAGAGAGAAGGAGUGGUGGACAUCUACAACUGCGUGAAAGCUCUUCGCUCCAGGAGGAUCAACAUGGUACAGACUGAGGAGCAGUAUAUUUUCAUCCACGAUGCCAUCCUGGAGGCUUGUCUCUGCGGAGAAACGGCCAUCCCCGUGUGCGAGUUCAAAGCCGCUUUUUACGAGCUGAUCCGCAUCGAUUCCCAGACCAACUCCUCCCAUCUGAAGGACGAGUUUCAGACGUUAAACUCAGUGACUCCUCAGCCACAGCCAGAAGACUGCAGCAUCGCAAUGUUGCCCCGAAACCAGGAUAAGAACCGCUUUAUGGAUGGCCUUCCUCCUGAUAGGUGCUUGCCUUUCCUCAUCACCAUAGAUGGGGAAAGCAGCAACUACAUUAAUGCUGCGUUGAUGGAUCUGUCAGAAGAGUUUCAGAACUACAGGCAGCCAGCAGCAUUCAUCGUUACCCAGCAUCCUUUGCCCAACACUGUCAAAGACUUUUGGCGUCUGGUUUAUGACUAUGGAUGUACCAGUCUGGUGAUGCUGAAUGAGAUUGACUUGACUCAGGGCUGCUCUCAGUACUGGUCAGAGGAAGGGGUGUUCCGCUAUGGUCCAGUUCAGGUGGAGUGUAUGUCAUCUUUGAAGGACUGUGAUGUCAUCAGUAGACUCUUCAGAGUCUGCAACCUCACCCGGCCUCAGGAAGGCUACCUAAUGGUCCGUCAGUUCCAGUACCUGGGGUGGGCGGGGCAUAGGGAGGUUCCCACCUCCAAACGCUCGUUCCUUAAACUGAUCCUUCAGGUUGACCAAUGGCAGCGCGAAGGAGAGGAGGGGGAGGGAAGAACUAUUGUCCACUGUCUGAAUGGAGGUGGUCGUAGUGGAGUUUUCUGUGCCUGCAGCAUCGUUUGUGAAAUGGCGAAGAGACAAAGUGUGGUCGAUGUGUUUCAUGCUGUGAAGACCUUGAGGAACAGCAAACCCAACAUGGUGGACACUCCAGAACAGUACCGGUUCUGCUACGAUCUGGCCCUGGAGUUCAUCGAAUCAUCCUAAACAACAAACAGAAAUUUGUUUUUCCUCAGCUCAGACAGACCUGUCUGUGGCUUUCAUUUUGCGUCCCCCUGCCCACUCUAAAAAAAGGGGGCAGACUCUGAGCUUAUCGUCCAGUGUUGUUAAGCACAGACAAAUGUGCAGACUAUUUUUGUGAUGGAGAGGACUGCAGCAGCAGAGAAGACUCCCUACACCGCCCAUGAUGCUUAUUGUACAGCUUUUUGAGUGCCAGCGGGCCCCUGUAGGUCCAGAUUAGAUGUGACCACCCUCAUGGCAGCCCCCCGCCGUGCUAUUUCAGCUGCAGUACUCAGUGCGCACUCUAGAUGUCGCCCUUGCCUUGCAGGCUGCACCCACAGCUUUGAAUGCAAGCUGAGUUGCCAGUGGCCCCAUGUUAUCCCCCUCCAUGCUAGUGUCUGUGUAUUCUGUCUGUGUUGGAUAUGUCAUCAUGUUGAUGUUUGAAUAUUUGUUUGUAUUCACAGCUUUUAUACUCAAAGAAGAAACCUAAAGUUCCAGCCAAAAACUUCUGUUUUGACUCCAUUUUGUGUCAUUUUUCUCAAGUGAACGCUCGUGUUAAGAAUUAUCGUUUUUAAAAGAGUUUUACUCUGUUUUAAAUUAGUGAUGCAUAAAAAAUCCGUCAGAUAACUGCGGAGCAAUGAAGAAAAGUGUGCAAAAACGUGUUUUUUAUUUUUUUAUUACACCAGUUCACUGGAUUAUUUGUCUGCUUUUGGCGUUUCAUGUAUCGAUCUGCUGGAGAAAUCUUUCUCUCUGUACCCUAUUCAGUCAAAAUCAUGUUUUUUUUCCAGGGCUGGGCCCAACGCACUUUCACAUCAGCCAACACUUUUACUUACAUUAAAAAAAGAAAAACAAUAUAUCAGCCUUAUUCUGUUACAAAAGACUGACAUUUUUCAGCAAAAAAAAAAUGCAACAAAAAAAGUUUUAUCAGUGACUGUAAUGGAAUUGGAAGUGAGCUGACCCCUGGCUUCAUUUGUUCUGUGCACUGGUGGCCAACUCUUUUUCAUUAAAAUGAUGUUACUUUGUAGCUGAUGUUUAACCAUAAGCCAAAGACUUUGUGUACAUAUGUCUAUACAGAUAAAGCACAUUGUUUGUAUUUAUUGUUUGUUUACUUGCAUUGCUUGUUAAGAACAAUCCUGUUUGGUUCCAUGUUUACUGCAGGCAUUGCUUUAAACCGUGUUUUUAGGGAAAUGGCUCAUUUCCCCUCCGCCCCCCCCCCCCCCCCCCCUGCUCUAGAGUAUUGUUGUGAUUUAACGAACCCAAACUGGUUCUGGACUUUUGAGGUUUCACCUGCUCAAUUUAGGUCCAUGAAGAAGAGUUUAGUAACUCCUGACUGAAGCUGUAUAUUAAAGCUUUUGAAGUAGUUUUCAGUAUUUAGGUGGAAUCCAGUAGUAUGUGUGUUUGCACCAUUCAUCUGAUGUUUUUUUGUUGUGUAAAAACUCCAUCAUUGCGAAUCCCGUUUCCCAUUAUCCCUGAAUACACACUGUGUAUUCAAACACAUUAGUGAGAGAUGCAGGCAGAGCAGGGAUACAGUUAUUGUGCCUAAAGGUUUGAUUAAACAGAACCGGCGUUUUGACAGAACCUUUGCAUUAGCUGUUCUGAUGGACGAUCCAUGUUUUCAGCGUUUAAUACCAUUAUUCAUUGUGUUUCAUUCAUCUGAAGGCCUCUUUAGGAGGCUUUGUCAAAUAUCAGAUGUUUGGAAGGAAAAAAAAACUUUAUCAAAAAAUGUUUUACGUUGUCGGAGCAGCUACAGAUGUUGAUGUAAGUAGACUAUCAUGAGGACACAAAAGGGCUCUAUUGUUGGAUGAACAGUAGAGGUGUAAAUGAUCAAAUGUUAGUUACGCUGUAGAUAAAGUCCCAGAUUGUACUUCUGGAGAAAGAAAACAAAUGUAUAGUUUUUUGGGGGGAGUUUUUCUGUUGGUGGAACAUCAGCUUUUUUUUUUUUACUUUCAGACUUUUGAUGAGGAAGAGAGCUGAACUUAAGAAAUCAGUUUUAUUGCAGUCUAUUUUGCAGCAUGUCAAGUCUCUGUUGUCCCUCUCUGGAGAGAAUUAUGAACAGAUUUUGCUCUUAAUUCGUCCACCGGAAAGGUAGAAUCCCUGAAAUGCAGUGAAUGGUGCUGAUGUUGAAAUGAGAGGCCAGUAAAGAUUUAUUAUCUGUGGUUCAUAAAAUCUCUUGUCUGUAAUGUUUGGCUUCUUUGCUGUAAUAAACCACUUCUUUAAAUAAAA